AUGGCACUUGCGUCAAUUUUACGUAGAUCACAUAUUAUUCUAGACAGCACACACGCCAAAAGAACAGUCGCAAAUUUGUCGUAUAAGAUAUUCGGGGAGAGCAGCGUAGAUCCUGAUAUUCCACCAAUAUUUCUAUUUCACGGUCUCUUAGGAACGAAAAAGCAUUGGGAAAGCUUUGGAAAAACUAUGAUGAAUAUGACUCAACGGAUUGUGGUGGCUGUCGAUUUGAGAAAUCACGGUGAUAGCCCUCAUGUGAACUCCCACAAGUACGAAGAUAUGGCGGCGGAUAUCCUAAAGUUGUUUUCGAAACUGGCAAUCGAAAAAGCUAGUGUUGUGGGACACGGUAUGGGUGGGAGGGCUUCUAUGUGUGUUUCUUUGAUGGCGCCAGAGAAGAUAUCAGCACUUUUAGUGGUAGACAUUUCACCGGUUUCCACUUGUGUUGACCUGAGAGAGAAGUUCCCAAAAAUCAUGUCCAUGAUGAAAGAAAUCAGUUUUAAAGAGCAAAAGAAGGUUAAGAUUGCUCAAAGAGAAGUUAAAAGAAAACUAAAAACGUUGAUAACUGAUGAGAUUUUACUAAAAGCCAUUCUAUCUAAUGUAACAAUGAAGUCCACUGGUUUCAUCGGCUGGUCAUGUAACCUGGAUGUAUUGAUUAAGGAGUUUAAACAUAUUCUAACAUUUCCGCGAUUAAAAAACAAGAAAUACUACGGGCCUACGUUAUUUAUUGGCGGCCAGUUGUCUGAUUAUUUACCACCAGACGACUUGACAGCUAUACGAGAUAUGUUUCCCCGAGCAGUGAUAACCUACAUCCCUCAUACGGGACACAGUCUCUAUGCCGACGAUCCGAAGAGUUUUUUAGAAGUGGCUAUAGCUUUUCUCAAAACGCAUGACUAA